AUGGUUAAGCACAAUUAUUAACUUCCUAACACCCAUCUCCGUAAGCACUGGUAGAGAUUCGUAAAGACAUGGUUCAACCAACCAGCCAGAAAACAGAGAAGAUCACUAGCAAGACAAGCCAAGGCUGCCAGAGUUUUCCCAAGACCCCUCGAGAAGCUUAGACCAGUGGUUCAUGGCUCCACUAGAAAGUACAAUUCCAAGUUAAGAUACGGAAGAGGCUUCACUUUACAAGAGUUGAGACAAGCCAAGAUCAGCCCAAGAUUCGCUCAAACUGUUGGUAUUGCUGUCGAUCACAGAAGACAAGACGUCUCAGAAGAGGGUCUUCAAUUGAACGUGCAGAGACUUGAGAGUUACAAGAGCAAGUUGAUUCUGUUCCCAAGAAGAGCCGACAAGCCAAAGAAGGGAGAUAUCCACGAUUCCACCGCUGAGAGACUUAAAUCCGCUGAGGCCGCCCAACAAAACACCGCCAAGCACGUUCUCGGGAAACCAGCUCCAAGACUCAGACAAGCCCCUCAAGCCAUUACCAAGGACCAAAAAGACCUCAGAGUCUUCAGAAAGAUUCGUCAACUCCAAGUCAACAAGAAAUUCAUUGGCAAGAGAGAGAAGAGAGCCAGAGAGCAAGCAGAAAAGGAGGCCGAGCAGAAGAAAUGA